AAUAUCAAUCAUUCAUUGCUGCACUCGCUGCGGAACAUUAGCCCUUUUGCAGCAAAUAAGUAUGGAAGUACGCAAACUAACCCUGUUUUGAAUUACUUUUUAAGUCAACCAAAGGCAACCGCAAGUCAAUUUCUCCCUUCUUUCCAAGGUGGCCGGGGGGCAAUAUUACUGCAAUGGGUAACAUUUCAUUAGCAAUUGUCUGUGUCCUGGAUUAUACCAUCAUCCAUCUCUCCUGUCCCCAGAUUGAUUCAUCAUCACAGGACUACGUCAACGCCCACAACGCAGCUCGAUCACAGGUUGGAGUCGGACCUAUUACUUGGGAUGCUACCGUAGCGGCAUACGCACAGAAUUAUGCUAAUCAACUUAAGGGUGAUUGCAGACUAGAGCACUCGGGUGGCCCUUACGGUGAGAAUAUUGCAUGGAGUAGGGGUGACCUCUCGGGAACGGCUGCCGUUAACCUUUGGGUAGCAGAGAAGGCCGACUACAACUACAGCUCUAACUCAUGUGCUGCCGGCCGCCAGUGCGGCCACUAUACUCAGGUGGUUUGGAGAGAUUCUUUGCGCUUGGGCUGUGGUAAAGUCAGAUGCAACGACGGUGGUACCUUCAUCACUUGCAAUUAUGAUCCCCACGGCAACUAUGUCGGGCAGCGGCCGUACUAAUUAAUAGCUGUUGCUUAUGGAAAAAAAUGAUCAUUUUUCCUAUUAUAUUUUGUAGCAAUUGAAUUUUUCCUUUUUCAUUUCGUUGACAAUGAAUAUGAUAGUACCAUGAUUGAUCUGAUCUCCAUCCUCCCAACAAGCGUUGUUAUUUUACAAUAUUAAUGAAAUCAAUCGUUGUAUUUGAAUCAAGUUGAUUCAUUUCAUAUGUUCGCCGCGGCAACCAUGUCGGGCAGUGGCCUUACAAUACUUCUCAUGAUGAAUUACAGAUCAGCUCGAUCACAGGUUGGAGUCGGACCUUUUGCUUGGGAUGCUACCGUUGCGGCAUUUGCACAGAAUUAUGCUAACCAACGUAAGGGUGAUUGCAGACUAGUGCACUCGGGUGGCCCUUACGGUGAGAAUAUUGCAUGGAGCAGUGGUGACCUCUCGGGAACGGCUGCCGUUAACCUUUGGGUAGCAGAGAAGGCCGAUACAACUACAGCUCUAACUCAUGUGCUGCCGGCCGCCAGUGCGGCCACUAUAGUCAGGUGGUUUGGCGCAAUUCUGUGCGCCUGGCUGUGCUAAAGUCAGAUGCAACAAUGGCGGCACCUUCAUCACUUGCAACUAUGACCCCCCGGGCAAUAAUGACGGGCAGCGGCCUUACUAAUUAAUAAUUACAGCUUUUCGUUGCUUGUAGUUCCUGAUCAAAGCAAGCAUGCAUGCAUCUACGAGUUUAAUUUUAGAGGGUGACCUUAAACAAGUCAUGUAUUAAUAUUGGCAUCAAACUCUGAAUAAAUAAAGUGAAACUCGUGAAGUAAUAUUAUAUAUGAGGAUCAGGUCAUGCAUUAUUGCUUA